GAAAGAAAUACUUAUUUGAGUUUUGUUAUAUAUUUUAAUCGUUGGUCCUACUGCGACAUGUAAAAGUCUGCACAGAUUUUACUACCGUAGCACACAAGGCUAAAUUGAUCACAGGUCUUUAAUUUAAUUUUUUUUUUUACUCAUCUUAUUACAAAAGUUUACGAAUCACUUUAUCGCGGCUGCGAUAAAAAGUGUACAGUUGAAUUUUUCAUAAUAAAUUUAUUAUAUAAUUAUUCAUAAUUGAUUCUCUAACAAAUAACAACGUUGUAAUGGCGUUAAAUCCGUCGUACGAAGCAAUCGGCGAGGGUUUCGUUCGUCAAUAUUAUGCGCUUUUUGACGAUCCGGCUCAAAGGCCGAAUUUAGUUAAUCUAUACAGCGCGGAGUCAUCAUUCAUGACAUUCGAAGGCCAGCAGAUCCAAGGAGGCAGCAAGAUUAUGGAAAAAUUAAACAGUUUGGGUUUCCAAAAAAUAAAUCGUGUGAUCACGGCUAUUGAUUCUCAGCCAAUGUUUGAUGGUGGAGUACUGAUCAGUGUCCUUGGAAGAUUGAAGACUGAUGACGAUCCUCCGCACAUGUACUACCAGACGUUUGUGCUGAAGCCACUGGCGAAUUCGUUCUUCUGCCAGCACGAUAUGUUCCGUCUUGGUAUCCACGACGUCGCAUAAGAAGAACAGAACUUAUAAGAUUGAUUUUUAAUAUAAAAAAAAAAAAAAAAAAAAAAAAAAAAUCUUACAUGGAGAUAAAAAAAAUGCACGUUGAUUUUUUUAUCAACAACAAAAUUAACGAAGUCGAGUAAAGUCAAACUACGAGAACUGACCUCGAAAAUGAAAAUAAAAAAAAAUAAUAAUAAUAUUAAUUAUGAAACUUAAUGACAUCUUUAGUUUUUUUCUUGUUUACUCAUUAAUUUUUUAUCUUAAUUAUUAACUAAUUGUUUUGUUUUACUACAA